AUGCUUUUUUUGGGAUUUAUGGUUACUUUUCUACUACGGGUAAAUCUUAAUUUGGCAAUAGUCGCAAUGGUGAAUACAACAAACGUACAAACAAAUGAAAAUGAACAAAUGAAUUCUUUUGGAACAAACGAGUGUCUAGCAUAUCAAAACGAUAGCAUCGGUGGACAAAAUACAACCACGGUAAAGUAUUUACCUACUGAAGAUAAUGAUACAUUGAAAAAAGAAGAAGUAAUUGGAGAAUUCGAUUGGAAUGAAUUUCAACAGGGAAUAAUUUUAUCAUCAUUUUUUUGGGGUUAUAUACUCUUUCAAAUACCAGGUGGAAGAAUAGCCGAAUUGUGGGGUCCGAAAAUUGUUUUUGGAAUGUCAGUUUUAAUGAAUGCUGUAUGUGCUUUGGUAUUACCUAUUGUAGCCAGAUGGCAUUGGACAUUUUUAUUAGUUGCAAGAGCAUUGCAAGGUUUAGGACAAGGAGUGGUUUUCCCAUGUUUAACGGCAGUGGUUCCAAGAUGGGUACCCGCCGAAGAAAGAGCUCGUUUCAUUUCAUUUGCAAUUCAAGGAUGUUCCCUGGGUCAAGUAGUCGCUCUACCAUUGUGUGGUUGGAUUCUAACUAAAAUGGGUUGGCCGGCCGUUUUUUACGUUAGUGGAGUUUUAGGUCUUUUAUGGUACUUUACAUGGUACUUUUUAGUAUACGAUUCCCCUGAUGAACAUCCACGGAUAUCGGUUAAAGAAAAACAAUUUUUAGAAAAACGUCUUCAAAAAAUCGAACCAGUCAAAGCUGCACCGAUUCCUUGGCUGUCAAUAAUGACAUCUUUUCAAUUUUGGGUUGGUGGUAUAGCUGCUACCGGAAGUGAUUGGGGAUUCCACACUUUUUGUACUUUCGGUCCUAAAUACAUAAAAAGUGCUUUAGGAUUCGAUCUAGAACAAAGCAGUUGGCUAUCAAGUUUGCCAUUUUUAUCUCAAUAUAUAUUUUCAAUGGGUUUUAGUGCUUUUUCAGACUGGUUGCUUAAAUUGAAUGUAAGCACUAAAACUGUAAGAAAAUUUUCUGUUGUUGUGUCACAUAUACUUCCGGCUUUAGGAUUAAUUGGAUUAACUUUGACAGGAUGUAAUGUGAUGCUUUCUGUGGUUAUUUUAACACUUAGUGUUACUAUGCUGGGAGCCAUAUGUAGUGGAUUUUUCCAGAAUCCUUUAGAUAUAGCUCCAAAUUAUGCAGGUUCUUUGACUGGAAUAACAAACACUAUGGGAGCAACAACAGCAGUUAUAUCAACUCCUUUAGCAGGAGCUAUACUUCAGGCUAAUGGUACAAAUGCAGCUUGGCAUUACAUAUUUUACAUAGCUGCUGCAGUUUACAUUAGUUCAAGUUUUUUAUAUUUGUUCUUUGCAAAAGUCGAAUUAGAACCAUGGAACGAUUAUAUUUUAAAAGAAGAAAAAGGCAUAAAAUUAAAAGAAAUGUUAAGUAAUGAAAAAGAGGUUGAAGAAAGUGCUGUGUUGUCACCUUCAUAA